CCUCCUUCUCAUCCUCUUCAUUCAUUCACAUCUACUGGGAAAAGUAAUUAUCAACUGACUGACCAAGAUGUGGGCCGAUCUUCUUCUACAGGCUGCUCUUAUUUUGCUCGUCGUCAUCAUGUUUCUCUCUAUGCACAACAUCCCUCAGACCAUCUUCACUAAGCUCCGCACUCGGAGCCAAUCGUGCACUAUCCAAGCGAGGCGCCACUUCGUAUUGGGCGCGCAGCGCCUGGAUCGAGCCAGGUCCGGGAAGGAGUUGUCGUCAUCGAUGAGAAUCUCGCUCGCCAAGUCAGCCGAGGAAGAAACCGAUCGAGCGAUUGGGCUCGACAGGACGCGGCACCUCACUUUCUCAAGGCCAUGGAUCUCGAGGUCCAGGGAUUCAAAACCUCUGCUAUAGGCACGAUGGAUGUCGCCCUGUCUCCGCUGGCGGCGAAAUCGCUCAGUGAAUCCGAGAGGGCGGAAGCGCUGCACAAGCGGGCGACGCUGAGGAUCGCGACAAGUCUGGAUGGGGAAUUCAACUCGGCAAUUGCGGACCUGGUCGACUCGGUCUGGUUGAAAGGGGAUGACGUCAAGGCCAGGUGUCUGUUGGGAGAGUGCUAUGAAAAGAAAGAGUUGAAAGUGGAGGCCCAAAAGUGUUACGAGGACGCUCUGAAAGUCCAGCCCGAUUAUUCCCCUGCCCUGGUUGCCCUUUCCCGUUUGGCUGCUUAAUUUCAAUCAAAGGAUGUCCAUUCCAAUCAUUAUCAUCUCCUCUUUUCUUCUCCCAUUUUCAGAGUGUAACUUAUGUAGUAGCGCUGAAUUUCACCACUCUGGACGGAAUUUCACCUUUGUAGCAAUAAUAAUGCUUCUGCUAUGUGAGAAUCAAUAACUGAA